AGAAACUAAAAUGUCUUCUCCAGCUUCCACAGCAGCGCUGUGAUUGGCUGACGGGACAUUUCCUUGGUGUGACGCCACAUCCGUUUCCGGCGACCUUCAGAGCAUGUGUGAAAAGUGAAGCUUCUCUGGGAUUCUGUCUAUUGAUGUCUUAACAGAGGGAUCGACAUGAGCUGGAGCUUAUAUAAAAUACCUGUGAACAGGUAAUGCAUGGUGAUCACAUGUUUCAAGGAAUAUACAGUGCUACUGCCAUCCUGUUAGCUAUAAGCUUUGCCAUUGGGCAUGUUGUAUAAUUACAUUGCUCUUGCAUCAUGGGAAAUGUAGUUCUCCUGAUUCUAGAGUGCCAACAUUAGUCAUGGUAUGGUAAAUCAAAACAUGUUUAGUUUUAUUCUUAUGUGUUGUUAUAUUAUAGUACACUUUAAAAAAAAGUUUACAUUUGUUAAAUAGUUUUGUUUUAUUUUAAAUGACCAGUCAAGUAUAAUAGGUGUAUGCAAAAUAGUUGACUUUUCGAUCAUCAGUUUCAAAAUAAUUAAGGGAUGCUCUUAGCACCAUUGUAUCUUGCUGUAGUAGCUAUGGUGCCAGCAUGCUCCCGGAGCUGUCCCCAAGCCCCUUGAUCUCGGUAUUGCUAUUAGCGCUUUUUUUUUUUUUUCUUCAAAUUUGGACAGCAUUUGUUGGCUAAGCGUUCCCUUAAUACCCGAAAUAUGCUGGGACCAGAACCAGUAGAGAGGGUCGUAGUGCUUAGAGAUACCAUUUAACCUUUUUUUUUUCUGUUACGGUAAAUUCACUGAACAAAAUUAUAAACGCAAAACUUGUUUUUGCCCCCAUUUUUCAUGAGCUGAACUCAAAUAUCUAAGAUGUUUUCUAUGUACAAAGAAGGACUUUCUCUCAAAUAUUGUUCACAAAUCUGUGUUAGUGAGCACUUCUCCUUUGCCGAGAUAAUCCCUCCACCUCACAGGUGUGGCAUAUCAAGAUGUUGAUUAAACAGCAUGAUUAUUGCACAGGUGUGCCUUAGGCUGGCCACUCUAAAAUGUGCAGUUUUAUCAUACAGCACAAUGCCACAGAUGUCACAAGUUUUGAGGGAGCGUGCAAUUGGCAUGCGGACUGCAGGAAUGUCCACGAGCUGUUGCCCGUGAAUUGAAUGUUCACCAUAAGUUGUCUCCAAAGGAGUUUCAGCGAAUUUGGCAGUACAUCCAACCGGCCACACCAGCCUGGAACCUCCAAAUCCAACAUUUUCACCUCAAAGAUCGUCUGAAACUUGCCACCUGGACAGCUGCUGCAACAAUCCGUUUGCAUAACCAAAGAAUUUCUGCACAAACUGACAAACUGUCUCAGGGAAGCUCAUUUGCAUGCUUGUCUUACUCAUCAGGGGCCGCGACCUGACUGCAGUUCGUCGUCGUAACCGAUUUGAGUGGGCAAAUGCUCACAUUCGAUGGCAUCUGGCACUUUGGAAAGGAAUUCUCUUCAUGGAUGAAUCCUGGUUUUCGCGGUACAGGGCAGAUGGCAGACAGCGUGUAUGGCAUAGUGUGGGUGAGUGGUUUGCUGAUGUCAACAUUGUGGAUCGAGUGGCCCAUGGUGGCAGUGGGUUUAUGGUAUGGGCAUGUAUGUAAUGCACAACGAACACAGGUGCAUUUUAUUGAUGGCACAGAUAUACCGUGACAAGAUCCUGAGGCCCAUUGUUGUGCCAUUCAUCCACGACCAUCACCUCAUGUUGCAGCAUGAUAAUGCACGGCCCAUGUUGCAAGGAUCUGUACACAAUUUCUGAAAACAAUCCAGUUCUUGCAUGGCCAGCAUAUUCACCACAUAUGUAACCCAUUGAGCAUGUUUGGAUCUGUGUAUACGACCGCAUGUUCCAGGUUCUGCCAAUGUCCUCAACUUCAAACAGCCAUUAAAGAGGAGUGGACCAACGUUCUACUGGCUACAAUCAACAACCUGAUCAACUCUAUGCGAAAGAUAUGUGUUGCACUGCGUGAGGCAAAUGGUGGUCACACCAGAUACUGACUGGUUUUCGGCCAGCCUAAGGCACACCUCUGCAAUUAUCAUGCUGUCUAAUCAGCAUCUUGAUAUGCCACACCUGUGAGGUGGAUGGAUUAUCUCAGCAAAGAAGUGCUCACUAAUACAGGUUUAAACAGAUUUGUGAACAGUAUUUAAGAGAAAUAGGCCUAGACAUAGAAAAAGUCUUAGAUCUUUGAGUUCAGCUCAUGAAAAGUAUGGGCAAAAACAAGUGUUGUUUUAUAAUUUUGUUCAGUGUAGUUUGAUACUACAUAUCAGCAUAUCUUUGUAAAGUAAUCAAAUGUGAGCAGGAUAUUGCUUUACUGCAGAGGGAUUUGGAUAGAUUGGGGGAAUGGGCACUAAAAUGGCAGAUUAAAUUUAACGUAGAGAAAUGCAAAGUUAUGCACUUCGGGGUUAAGAAUGGACAAGCAACUUACACACCUAAAUGGUAGUGAAUUAGGAAUAACCACACACGAGAAGGAUUUGGGAAUUGUUAUAGACAACAAAUUAGGCAGCAAUAUGCAAUGUCAAUCUGCAGUUGCUAAGGCCAGUAAGAUUUUGUCAUGUAUAAAUAGGGGCAUAAAUUCUCGGGAUGAAAAUAUAAUUUUGCCUCUUUAUAAAUCGCUGGUAAGACCACACCUUGAAUAUGCUGUGCAAUUUUGGGCGCCUGUUCUAAAGAAGGAUAUCAUGGCACUGGAGAGGGUCCAGAGACGAGCUACAAAAUUGAUAAAAGGAAUGGAGCAUUUUAGUUAUGAAGAAAGGUUAAAAAAAAUUAAAUCUGUUUAGUUUGGAAAAACGGCACCUGAAAGGGGAAAUGAUAACUUAAUACAAAUAUAUUCGGGGCCAGUUUUAUCUGGAAAUCUAUUCAUAAACAAGGCUAUACAUAGGACACAAGGUCACACAUUUAGGCUGGAAGAAAGGAUAUUUCAUCUAAGGCAAAAAAAGGGUUUUUUUACAGUAAGAGCAAUAAGGAUAUGGAAUUCUCUGCCUGAAGUCAGUCAUUACAGAUGUUUAAACUGCAAUUGGAUAAAUACUUACAAAAACAUAACAUACAGGGAUAUAAUUUCUAAUUAGUGGGGUAAUAGCUGCUUGAUCCAAGGAGACAUCUGACUGCUAUUUUGGGGUCAAGAAGGAAUUUUUUCCUAGUUUGUGGCAAAAUUGGAAGCGCUUCAGACUGGGUUUUUUGCCUUCUUUUGGAUCAACAGCGAAAAACAAAUGUGAGGAAGGCUGAACUUUAUGGACGCAAGUCUCUUUUUAGCAAUGUAAUAUCUAGCCAAUUGGCUGUGUGUGUAUUUAUAUUAAAACACAUUUCAUAUGACAGAGACCCUUUUGGAAGAUAAUAAAUAUUACAAUUUAUGUUUUGUGAUUAUAUCAGAUGUUGAAAGAAGGAGCAUGUAUGUAAAAGCAUAGCUGGUGGAAUGGUGUGUGUGAUACAAACAUUAUAGGAUAGCGGCAAUCUUUAUAAACUUUAGAAGAUCUUGGAGUUGCUCAAGUCUUUUUCUAGGUAAUUAUUAGUCCUCAUCAGUUGAACGUCAUUAUUCCUAUGUUGCAUUUUCUUUUUUUUUUCUUCAAAAGGUGCACUCAUAACCCCAAUAUGCCCUUAUCAAGGUCUUGGUAACACAAAUGUAUUUUUGAAACGGGAAUGAGACCUCUUCACACACUCGCAUUCAUGAAAGCGAACAAGUCUCUUCACUUAUAGAGGUUACAUACAUCACUAAUACGCAUCCUUAGAAAUUGCGGUCCACAGCACUACGACUAACAAAUGGUUAAUAAUUAUCAGAGCCAAUCAACAUGGCUUAUACAGGUACCUGCCAUAAUUUACAAGAUAGAUUAAUAGGUGUUGUGAGCAGUCAUGGUUUGUAAAUCAAUUAAAAAGUGCAGAAUAUUUUUUUUUUCUCUUGUAAAAACACUAGAUUGCUGGAGGUUUUUAUGUAACAAUGUUGUUGUUUUUUUAAUCUAUUAUAGGAUAAGUCGACCUCUUGCGUUGGUCUGUCAUGUUCGAACACUUCAUUUAAAAGUCAACCCGGACUGCAAAGAAGAUGAUCCCUCCAAACCGCUGAAAUUCUCUACUAGUAAAGCCAGUCACAGACAUUGGUCUUUUGAGAAGUCAAUGGGUAGUGAGGACAAGAGACCAUUAUGGAAAGUUUUGCCAGUGAGUUUCCUAAUUGGAUCCAUCCUGAUCUGGGCAUCCUUCAGAGAAGAAACUGAAAUUGAUGAACAGAUUUACAAACCUAUUGAGCAACUCCAACCAGCCCCUGAGAUAAAUGAAACGGACACAGAAGUAAAAAAAUAAUUUUUUUUUAAAUUUUUUUUUUUUUAACACGAGGAUGGUCUUACUAAACUUUAUUUACGAGAAGGGGGUCUACCUGAUCUACAACUGUGCAUGGGAAUACUAUGGUUGCUUGAUCGCUAAGAAAAAAACACCUGACACACCAUUCAGUGAAAGAUUUAAACAUUGCUGAUCAGUGGAAGGUGCAUGUAUAGUGUAAAUAAAAUUAUACCAGAGAUACUUAAAGAAAGUGAAUGUUCAUGGAGGUUUUAAAAGGUGCUUGUUGCUGUAUGUGAAUGUAGGCUUGGUUCAUGUAUGUUAAACAUGCUUUUAAUUCAAUGUACAUCAUCUGUUACCAUACUGUUAUGGUUAACAUACAAGAUGGGGGGGGGGUUGUUUGUAGCAUGGUUAGAAUGACAUAAAAACAGACUUGGAAGCUGAAUUUAUUUAAGACGGUUUAUUGCUGCAGUACCUUUAAAAGGCAAAGAUGCACUUUUACAGGGAAUGUGAGUGCUCUGGAGGUUUAUUUACUCCAAUGGCCAUUGGAGGGAAUGCCCACCAGCCAAACUGGGGAGGUUUGCCUUGACAUUGGCAGGCGGGCAUUCCCUCCAAUGGCCAUUGGAGUAAAUAAAUAACCUCCAUUUGUUUAAAUAUACAUAGGGAUUUAGGAGAGAGCGCAGGUAACUUUUUUUUUUUUUUUUCUCUUUGGUUUUUAAAAUAAAUAUAAAUGAAUUUUAUAUAAAAAAAAAAAAUUUUUUUAUAUAUAUAUUAUACUCUGAUGUGUACUUUGGUCGUUGCUGCCGCCCAGGAGUGACGGGAGUGAGCGCAGAACUUGUAAUCUUUAAUAAGUGUUGGAAUUAAAAUUCCUAUCUGGCAAUGAAUGAAAAAUAACAAGUGGAUAUGCCUAGAUCUAUACAUAUCUCCUUCUAGUAAAGAUUUUAAAGGGACAUUUUAAGCACCAGAAACACUAUUGCGUAGCAUAGUGGCUGUUCCACAAAGAAACUGUCCCUGCUAUUUCACCAGUGUAAACCCUGCCAUUUUGUUUAGAAAAAUGUAGUGUUUACACUGCUUUCUAUGGAUAUCUCUCAGAACAGCCACUGGAGGCGUUACCAGUUGCAUCUUCACUCUCAGCAUGAAAAUUCAGAACAUUUGCAGCAGAGAUGCAUUGCUACAUUGCACAUGCAUUGAAUUGGCUGAGAUCAGUCAUUGAUGAUCUGAGCCAGGGUAGAACAGCAGCUGCAUCAAGACAACUGCAUGGUGAGAGACUAACAGCGAGUACAUGUUAAUUUGACUUUUCAUGGCAGUACAUACAAAUGGAAAUUGGGUUAUAAAUAGAAAUUAGCUUAAAGGGACAGUAACACUAGAAAUACAAACAUCUACUACAGAAUGUUGGCAGAGGCAAGAAAUGGGUUGAAGUUCAUGUAAUAAUUUAAUUAUUUUCCGUAGAUGCACGAUCAUUUUAUUUCUACCUUCAGAAACUGAUAAAUAGAUUAGCUUAACCCCUUAAGGACACAUGACAUGUCAUGAUUCCCUUUUAGUCCAGAGGUUUGGUCCUUAACGGGUUAAAGGGACACUAACAAUACAGUUUCUGAAGGUAGAAAGAAAAUGAUAGGUGUGCAUCUACAGAAAAUAAAGGGAAACUAUAGUCACCUGAACAACUUCAGCUUAAUGAGGUUGUUCAGGUGCAAACUACAGCUCCAUUCAGCCUUUCUUAUGUAAACACUGUAUUUUCUGAGAAAAUACAGUGUUUACAUGAGUAUUUUCUGAGAAAAUAGUGUUUACAGUGAAAGCUAGGAACACCUCCAGUUGCAGUCACUCAGAGUGAACCAGAGGGACUUCUGAGUUGGAGGCAUAAUAUGCCUCCAUCCACUCAGAUCUGCUGUGCACGAGCAUCCUGUGAUUCAGUAUCUCCUCCCACUGCAUGCAGACACUGAACUUUCCUCAUAGAGAUUCAUUGAUUCAAUUCAUUUCUAGGAGGAGAUGUUGAAUGGCCAGGGCUGUGUUUGAAUAAUGCUGGCUCUGCCCCUGAUCUACCUCCUUGUCAGUCUCUGCCAAUCCUAUGGGGAAGCACUGUGAUUGGAUCAAGCUAUCACAUGUCAGCAGACUGCUUGUUUUUUCCCUGAGUUUAACAGCAUGCAGAUUUACAGCUUCUGGCUUGAAUACAGUAAGAUUUUUACUAUAUUUAUGGAGGCAUGAGGGGCCCAGGGGGGCUAGAUGGUCAUGUUAAAACUAUAGGGUCAGGAAUACAUGUAGUUGCACUGGUGACUAUAGUGUCCCUUUAAAUUUGUAAAUCAACUUCAAAACAAAAUCUUAACUCCUUGCUUUCCUACCAUCAUUUUGUUGGUCAGUUGCAAUUGAAAAGUUCUGCAGGAGAUGUUGGUGUUGUAAAAUGGUAAACUAUUUUGGAUAACUAAUCUAGCUAACAUACGAUGAAGGUUUUAUUAUUUGUAGAUUGUCUUUAGAGGACAGUAUUGCAGUGUGAUGGAAAACCAUUGGACUACAAACCUGCCACCUAAUCGAUAAUACAACUAGCUAUUUCAUAUUCAAUGUCAUGAUAUCACUGAUCAUGUAGCUCGAAUAAGUUCACAAAGUUGCACACACAAAAAAGUAAAUAAAAUGCAUUGAAACAGUGAGUGCAGCCAUGAUGAUGCUGGGGAAAAGAAAAAACCUCAGCACUUAGUUUGAGAAGUUUAACAUUAACUGUUUUAAUAUAUCCUGCCAGGACAUGUGAAAAAUCAGUUUUUCACAGGUGAAUGUAAAAGUUUCCAUGAAUUAAAUCUCUAAAGGACCUCAAGGAGGGUUGUUAGCUUAACUGUAAAAAAAAUAUAUAUAUAUAGAAUUUAAAGUUUACUUAAUAUAUGAAAAACUGAAGAGCUGCCUUAAAGAGUUUUUCAAAUUCAGAUAUUGUGGCUUAAAAUUCACUUUGAAU